UGAAACUUUUAGUACGAAUUUUGUCGUCACCGGGUUUAUCACGCGAACACACUUUUCCCCUUUGCAGCUGAUUUCGAGUGCGCGUGGCGCUUGAGUGCGUUUUUGUUUUUGAUCGCGCGUGCGGGCGUGUGUUGUUUUUGGUUCGGUUUUGCCGCUUGUUGUGUUCCGUUUUCGGAAGUAGGUUCCUUGCCUGGUGUUUCGUUACCGAUCGUUCAAGUCUCUUUGUCGAUAUCCGAGCCGGCAAAGUUUUCAGUGGGUUUUCAGUGCGUAAAAUUUACGACUUCCGGAAGUGAUACCGCAAAAAUUUGCAACCGACUUGACGACGUCCUGUAUGGUGGGAGUGAACCUCUGAUUUAGUUGUUGAAAAUUAUUUUGCAGGUUGUGUCUCAUCUUAGAGUGCAAGAGCAUCUCACCCGCAUACGGCCGAGAUUGAUAUACCAAUCAAGUGGUGAAAAUAGUGUUUAUUGUGAGAAAAAUUAUAAGUGAAUUUAAUUUGGUUUGAAGUGAAGUGAGAAAUAUCGCUGGCUGGUUUUAUUUGGAGACAGGGAAUAAACUUAUUCUUCAGAAGCAGAUUUGAGCCAAUCGAUACUUGGAAUGGCGUGGGCAACGCUGCAGAAUGUUUUGGGUCUAAUAGCUGUGAUAGUGAUGCUCAAUGGGUAUCAUCCAACGCAUGCGAUAAGGGUCUAUUGGAACACCAAUGAGGGUCCCAUAGUGCCUCCAACGAGCACACCAGCUCCCGUACCCAAACCUCCUUUCCGCGAUCCGGCACCAGUUUGGGAGGACCAAUCGGAUGACAUACCGAACCCUAAUCCGUACAUGUACAUCCUGCCGCCUCCAUCACGCCCAAAGUAUAACGAUAUUACGCUGGAACAACGGCAACAGAAACAAAACCAAGAAAGCACCGCUAGACCAAUCGGAGUUCCAACGACGUCUUCAACGACAACUCUCGCUCCUGCUAGUCGAAUAAUAGCUUCACCUGAACAAAAUACUGCCCGACCAAUUCAACAAUCCACUUAUAAUCAACAGCAAACUUAUCAAAACAAUGUCAGUAACCAACAACCAAAUCAAUUCAAUGGCAACGCCCAACAGCCACAGAACCAGUACAACAGUCAACAACAACAACCGAACCAGCAACAACAGUACAAUAACAAUGUCAGCAACAACCAACAGAAUCAAAUUCAAACAGUUCCUAGCCUGGCGGUUCAAUACGUACCGAACCAGGGAUUCCGAUACUUUGCCGUUGUUCCCGUAAAUCGACCGGCAGCUCCAAGCAAGAGCGCCUAUCUGAAAUCGAACGACGUACUGGAGGGCAAGUACGAGCAGCAGCGAUUUGACAAAAUGAACGGCCGAUACAAUGCCAAGCUGAAGAAGUACAAGGCGUACGAGAAGAUGAAGUAUCUACCCUUCGUGAUGUACUACGAUGCAGCCAAGCAGCAAUACAUCUGGUCCAACCUUCCGCCAAAAGCGACGAACAAUCAUCUGUGAUGUGUCCGAGCGAGAAAAAUCACGGGGCGCCUUAAUUUUGUCAGUAGCAUUUAGUAUCGUGUAAACUAUGUACGAGGUAGAAGUCGAGGAACAGCGAUCAGCAAAUUUUGACAGCGGAAGAAAACAAAAACCAUUUACCACGAUGAUCGUUACCCGUCAGACGUGCAUUUCAAGUUUUUCUUUCUGAACCAUAAAUCAUAAUCCAAUUUCGAACCACACCAGCUCACACUUUACAAUCGUGAACGAAAGAUCACUUUUGGUAAAGUUAACCCCAUUUUGUAAAUGCACUGAACUUUUGCAGACUCUAGACUUCUUGAAGUUGUGUAAGACAAAACGAACAACAACAUAGAUUAUCGAAAGUUCAACGACCGUAAUCGGUUCAUACCCAAAAGAGAUUCCUUUACCUCCAUUCAUUAGAGAUUUAAGGCUUUCGAAAUCAACAAGAACGUAACUGUUGCUAACAGGUGAAAAACAACUUAACAAAAAUACUUUUAGAAUUUUUUUUUUCAAAGAAGGAAAGUGGAACAGUCAACAUUGUAAAUGUAUAAAAGCUGUGAAGACAUGUAAAUAAAUGAUAAAAUAAAUUA